AGGGUUUUAGCUUUCCGAGAGGAAGGAAGCAAGCGGCCAUGGAGGAGCAACCACCACAGGAAGAGAGUAAAAAGAACAAUAAGAAGAGUAAAAGGAUGAUGCCGAGCCCUCGGGAGCUUGUUUCCCACUACGAGAAGCAGGGGAUGGAAACUCAGGAGGCCUCCCUCAAAGUCAUUCAGGAUUUACAGGGAGCCCUCUUCAGGAUGAUUACCGCCAACCGCAACCGCAACCGCAACUCCAAUUCUCCAGACGUCACCUCCGCCAAGCUCGACGCCAUCCAUUCCCGCCUCCUCCAUCUCGAAUUAAAGCUAGAUUCCAAGCCCAGUUAUCCGCAGUCCCUGGCUAUAGGCGUCACCUCUGCCGGCGUUUGGAACGCCGCCCUCCACCUCUGGAACUUCGUUCGCCAGGCUACCUCUUCCUCUCAGUCCUCAUAGUCCUACCAUUGCCCUUAAUAUCCCAAUUGCAGUUGCUGUACCUAGCAAGGUGUUAAAUCAUUUCUUGAAAUUAAUAUAGCUCAACCAUGCCCCAUUGCGGACGUGAGUAUUAGAUUUAAAGGCUUGACUUUUCUGGCUGGUCCUUAGGUGGUACCGGUUUUUCUUGCUGGUAUUUCCCCGUAUGUUUUCUUUUCUCUUUAAUAUAAUGUUAUCACCAUAAUCACUCCAAGAAUUUAAACGCCUCUCAUCUUGUCCCAAAAUGAAAUUGUUAAGCGUGCUGAUGGUCACCUUGGCAUGUUAAACAUUAGUUAUCAUUGAUUCUUAUCUAAAACUCAA